AUGUCACCGAUUGUAUUUGAGAAAUUGUUGCAGUUAAUUGCCCCAUUGAUUAUUAAGUCCAACCAGAAACGGGAAGCCAUUUCGCCGGCAGAACGGCUAUCAGUAAUCCUAAGAUAUCUUGCAACUGGGGGUUCUCAUCAAACCAUAUCUUUUAGUUAUCGGUUGGGGCAUUCUACAGUCAACAAGAUUGUCCCAGAGACAUGUUUAGCAAUAUGGAAGGCACUAUCUCCUAUCUAUGUCCAAUGCCCUUCAACAACAAACGAAUGGGAAGAUGUGGCGAAAGAAUUUUGGGAGAAGUGGAAUUUUCCAUUGUUUAUUGGGGCACUAGAUGGCAAACAUGUAAGAUGCCACUGUCCUGCCAACACUGGUUCAUUGUACUUUAAUUUUCAUGGUUGGUUCAGUGUUGUUUUGAUGGCUGUUUGCAGUGCACAUUAUUCCUAUUUGCUAGUGAAUAUAGGUGCUAUUGGUAGUUCAAGCCAUGGUGGUAUAUUUGAACGGUGUGGAAUGAAAGAUGCCCUCUAUAAUGGAAGGUUAUCUUUACCAGAAGACUGCAAUUUGCCCAACACAAACACCACAUGUUCUUAUGUAAUAACUGCAGAUGAUGCCUUUCCAUUAGGACGUCAUGUUAUGAAGCCAUAUGGUGGACGGUAUUUGGAACAUGACAAAAGAAUUUUUAAUUACAGAUUAUCGAGGGCAAGACGAGUUAGUGAAAAUACAUUUGGCAUUUCAACUGCAAGAUGGCGCAUUUUCAAGCGACCAAUCGAUGCUAUACCUGAGCGUUGCAUUGACAUGAGCGAAGAUAUUGCCCACCCGGGAUUUGUAGAUUCUGAAGACAAAAAUGCAGAUAUUGUGCCAGGAGCUUGGAGAGAAGAUGUUAAUAAGGAUACAGGCUAUCAAUCCUUAACCCAAACAAAAAAUGGUAAUGCCUGCAAGAAAAGUGCAAAAGAAAUCCGAGACAUUUUCAAGAACUUUUUCAAUUCACCUGCUGGUGCAGUACCUUGGCAAAAUGUGUACAUAAAUAAAUGA